GUAUAAAUGAAGUUAGUGUUUUGCGUGUUGGAUUGGCUUUUUUUAAUAAUUUGAUAUUGAUUAAACAGUGAUUAACACAAAAAUAAUAGUUUUAAAGGGAAAGUAAGUGCAUAGGUUAUUGUUUGUGAGGCACUUUUCUAUUAGCAAAGUUGUAAUUGGUUAUUGUUACGAGUCCGUUGUGCUUGAAUUAAUUUAGUGGUAAUUUACUUAUCUACUUUAGGCUUGGAAAUCCUAUAGAAUUAAAAUGGUCAAUACCACAGAUAUUUUAAAGGAACUCUACUAUGGCGAAAAGUAUGACAGUUUAUCUUCUCUGCUAGAUGGUAUAAACUCUUUAAUUAAAGUUAACAUUCAACCUACUGAUAAAAUAACUUCAGAUUUAGCAGAUUCAGAGUUUUUGAAUGAAGUAAAAACGUUAACAGAUGAAGGAAUUCCUAUUUUCUUUGGGAAGACACUGAGAGAUCUUAAAUGUAUUAUAGCAGACGAUGCUUCGAGGGAUCAUGUUAUUUAUUUGCAAUAUAACGCCUCAAGGAAGUUGGUAAUAACAUCUACACAGUUGCCACACUCAUCUCUACAGGACCAAGAGUUCAGCUCUCUAAUAGAAGUGGUAACUUUGUUUAAAAAGUAUAUUGAAAAUCUAAAAGGAUACUUUCAUGAGUUACAAGGCAUUGAUAGGUACUGCACAGUUGUUGAUCCACAAAAUCCAACUUUUAAGGAAGAUUAUAGGAGAAUACUAUUGGAUGACAGAACAUGGCUGCACAUAGAAGUGACUCCAGAAGGUUUAGCUACAAAUGUCCACCUUGUGGGACAAACAGAAAAAUGGCACGAGAAGCUACAAGCUGGCCUACUACAGUGGGAUCAUGAUGUAGAUGUAGUUGAAAACAUUACAGCUAUAUUUGAUAUGGUGCAUUUCCCUUGUCAAGACAACAGAUUUCAACCUUCCAUCGCUGGUAGUGUGAAACCGCAAGAGCAAAUGAGAUGCUGCAUAUGCCUUUGCCAAGAGGUACCUGACAUUCCUGGACUACCACAGCCACUGUGUCAGAAUCCGUUGUGUGGCAUGUAUUUCCAUAGGGAUUGCCUAUUUCAGUGGCUUCUCGCAUGCGCGGGUGGACGACCACCGGCCUUUGGAGUGGCAACUGGCAAUUGCCCGAGUUGUCUUCAGCCGGUAACUUGUAGCAAUAAGGAUGGUUAACUUUAUAAUAAUUCAAGAACUAAGAAAAAUGGUGUUAUUUAAUAUAUAAAAUAAUUAUAUACCCAAAGAUUAUGUAUAUACAUUAAAUUCAUGUAAACAUUAUAUAUCUGCAAAAUUAUUUUGGUAUUUUAUUUUCUGGUCCUAGUACUAUUAUUUACUUGAAGUCAUAAAUGUUGUACUCCAGUCUGCAAUAAAGGAUAGAAGAGCCUAUUAGGUAUUCGGAUCAUAAUAUGAACCGGACAUUUAAGAAUCAAUCUGGUUUCCUUCACUUUCAAUGUUAUAAAUCCAUACCCAAUUAUAAUAAAUGCUGCAGCCUAAAGAACCUUUUCGGAGGUUACAGGUUAAGAGCCAUUAACUAAUCAUUGGUCCCGUGGCGCAGUCAGGGUCAUCAGCGGCUAACUGUAAAAUAUCCUCAAAAACAAGUUUCAAAUCAUUAAAUCAACUUGCAUACACCCAAGUGAGCGUUUUUUGUACUUUAUGAACCUGUACCUGGUGUUAAGGAAGGGGAGAAAUUUUGAAAUUAUUUAGUUAGUAACUACAGUUCUAACAUUAAUCUCGAACCUUCUUGAUGGCAACUAUACAGUACGAGCCUAUUGUACAACGUUUAUCAUAAGCAGUGGCUUAUCACGAAGUAUC